AUGAAACCGAUCUGUCUAACUACGGCAAUGUUUCUACUGCGAGGCCACAAGGUCACCGUUCUUUUGCCGAAUUAUUACAGUGAUGCAUGCAUUAGUGCCAUGCGAAAUAAGGUUGACGACAUUGAAGCUUUUAGAAUUAUGGUUAAUCUUGAAAUCGUCCGAUUUGUAAAACCGAAAGGACUAAGUAAUAUCACGGACAUGAUUAGGAAAGAAGUUGAUAAAGUAGGAUAA